AUGAAGGCCGGAAAGUCUGUGCUCAUUGAAGGCGCCAACGCCACGAUGCUUGACAUCGAUUUUGGCACGUAUCCAUUUGUCACUUCGUCCAACUGUACGGUUGGAGGCGUGUGUACGGGUCUCGGCAUUCCUCCCCGUUAUAUCGGUGACGUGACUGUCAAACCUGGCGGCGCCUCCUUAUACUCGACGCCAUCCAAUCGGAGGAGCACGAGAUCCAACCAACCGCACCGUCUCUUGCGUUUAGUGGUGACGCCGACCUCUUUGCCGGUCUUCCGUCGGAAAGGGACCGUCGCCUACGCGAGUGCAGUAGGCUUUGGUCACGCCAUACACGUCACCGAUAUAACGGGGAGGAAUGCCGAGACCCGUACACACGCCUCCAACCGUACAGUUGGACGAAGUGACAAAUGGAUACGUGCCUAUCGAGUGGCCAUUCAUUACAUCAGUUAUGUUGUCAUUAAAAUAACAAUUAAAACCAAUUAUGAAAUACCAAAAUCGAUGUCAAGCAUCGUGGCGUUGGCGCCUUCAAUGAGCACAGACUUUCCGGCCUUCAUAUUAGUGUUCAAA